AAGCCUGCGAAUCCAAACAGUCUUACUCUCGAAGCUUGGUCUUCUGGCUACUUGGGUGGCGCUCUGGUUAUCAUGGCAUGCAUUACCGUCGCAAACAUGCGCAAAGGUGUACUAUUGCACAAGCUUGUUCUUCUCGAGCUUUUCCUAGCUAUAUGGCGCAGCUUCUGGCUAUUCUUACCCCCGCCCACCUACUCCUGGUGGCUCUCCGUGAGCGGUAUGCUUCUUGACGCAUCCUGGUCACUCCACAACGUGAUUGCCUGGAUGAAGGUCACGCCAUUUCUCCCAAAGCGUGGCAGCCAGCUCUUCAUUGGGACCCUGAUCCUUGCGCAGCCAUUUUGGGUCCUAGAGGUGUACGCUAACUUCGCGUACUUCCACGGAGGAAGCGUUCUCUUCCUCAAGACCCGGCCGUGGGAGGCUUUAUGUCGAGAUCCAUGGUGGCUCUUCGCCGCUGGGGUGCUCUUCUGGAAGAUCAAGACGCAAUAUGAGAUGAGCUUCAAGGAGAUCGUCGGCAUCUCCCCUCGAUUUGGGAUCAUGAUGCUCGCUGCGUUUCUAAGUGUCGUGUUCUUCGUCCUCGACAUCGUGUCCGCAACGAACAAGUUGAAUCUGGGGCUGCCCAGUGGUAUCAAUCCGUUCUGGAAGGUUUCAUCGGUGUUUAAAUGCUUGAUGGACUGCGUUAUACUGGACGACUUUAGGACCGCGAUGGAGCGGUUGCGCGCAUACAAAAUUAGCCACAUUGGGAGCUUUUCACAGGAU